UUGUAUUAGGCAUGCUGGCAAGAGAUGAAUAUUAUGGGUUGAAGGGAACAGAGCUGAGACAGUUUGACUGCAACCCAAAAGUGAAGAAGCAGCAACACAGUGUGAGCACUUCGAGUAAAGAUCAAAGCAACAGUAAAAAAUAAUCUGCAAAGGAUCCAAUGCAUUUUCUUUUACUGCUGUGGAUCUCGGGUUAAAAGCAAGAAAAAGACAAAAGAUUGACAGAGCUCACUUUGGGAUGCCAGGAGUCUACGAUACUUUCAGUUAGUUGCUAGAAAAAGAAAGAACCAUGUUUGUACUUUUUUGUAUUUUAAGUCUUAUUUACUGCUUACAUGGGCAAGUUUUAGACUCCAAGCUGAAAGGGAGUUCUCCCCGCUACAUCUGCAGUAUUCCUGGUUUGCCAGGCCCACAUGGGAAGCCCGGGCCAAAUGGAGCACCUGGGCCUCAAGGACGUAUUGGUCUGCCAGGACGGGAUGGCCGGGAUGGACGAAAAGGAGAGAAGGGAGAGAAAGGGGAACCAGGUCUAAAAGGAAAACCUGGCUCCACUGGAAAAAUAGGAGAUAAGGGAGACAGAGGACCAUCUGGUAAGAAGGGGCCUACAGGAGUGGGAGGCAGCAAAGGAAUCCCUGGCCCUGAAGGUCCUCAAGGACAGAAAGGUGACAGAGGUCAGCGAGGAAUGCCUGGGCUACCAGGAAUCUGUAAAUGUGGUGGCCUAGUGCCAAAGUCAGCCUUUACUGUUGGCAUUACAACCAGCUAUCCAGUGGAGAAAUUACCAAUAAUAUUUAAUAAAGUUAUUUUUAAUGAAGGAGGGCACUAUAACCCAAACACAGGAAAGUUCAUCUGUGCCUUUCCAGGGAUAUACUAUUUUACUUAUGACAUUACUCUAGCCAAUAAACACCUAGCCAUUGGCUUGGUGCACAAUGGACAGUAUCGGAUUAAGACAUUUGAUGCUAAUACAGGAAACCAUGAUGUGGCUUCUGGAUCUACAGUUAUCUAUGUGAAGUCAGAAGAUGAAGUCUGGCUGGAAAUCUUUUACAAUGAUCAGAAUGGCCUGUUUUCUGACCCCAACUGGUCUGACAGUCUGUUUUCAGGGUUCUUGUUGUAUGCGGACACUGAUUAUCUGGAUGCCAUUUCCGCAGAUGAAUUUUAAUGUAGCCGUGGUGCUUAGACCUUCAGAGACUCUACAAUGCAUUGUCUUAGCUGGCUGACAUGGUAAACACAUGUGAAAAUAAGAAACAUAUGUUGAAUCAAAAGGAAUUCCCUGCCACCUUGGUUGAAGCAAUGACAUGUCAAUGCUCCAAAUCUGCUUUAAGACACAUGGAGGGUUUUUAAGUAAUCAGCAAAAGUUGGGACACCUGUGCAAAUUGUUUGAUUCAAUUAGCAAGGCUUAAUUUACUUUAAUCGCGGCAGAACA